CGCGCCAAACUUCCAACGUGUGACUUCCAGCCGCCCGGACGGCCUCUCGAAGUCCAAUGGCGAGCGCGGCUCAAUCCGGAGGUGCCGCACCUCCUUCACUCGCUCCGCUCCCCCGUGAUUUCCCCCGGCCGACGGCGACGUGCGUUGGCGGGGAUAAAGGUGAGAAUAUGUUGGGUCAGAGAGAGAGAGAGCGCAACAGCUUUGUGGCUGUUCGUCACUUCGCUCUCUCUCUCUCUCUCUCUCUCUCUCUCUGUGUGAGGGAAGAAGAGGAGGAGGAGGAGGAGGAGGAGAGAGAGCGCCAGGGAUGAUGCAGGCUGAGGCUCGGUUAUUUUCGCCCGCGAUGAAGCGAACCGGCGACUGGAUACUUUCGCAAGAAUUACCAAGCGAUAUUACCAUCAAAGUUGACGAUGCAGCCUUCAACCUGCACAAGCUUCCAUUGGCAUCCAGGUGUGGCUACAUAAAGAAGCAGGUGACAGGAGUCGGCGGCAGCAAGGUGACACACCUCGAGAUCACGGGCAUGCCCGGUGGCACGAAGGCGUUCGAGCUCGUCAUCAAGUUCUGCUACGGCGUCAACUUCGAGAUCGCGGUGGACAACGUCGCCAUGCUGCGCUGCGCCGCCGAGCACCUCGAGAUGACCGAGGAGUGCAAGCCGCGCAACCUGGUCGGCAGGACGGAGGCCUAUCUGGAGGAGGUGGCGCUGGCGAGCCUCGAGGGCGCGGUCACCGUGCUCCGCAAGGCCGAGGAGCUCCUCCCGGCGUCCGAGAAGGCGCGGCUGAUCGGCAGGUGCAUCGAUGCCGUCGCGUCCAUCGUCUGCGGUGGUCACAGCCAGUUCAGCAUGUCUCUGGGGACCCCCGGCGGCGGCGGCGGCGGCUACAACGGCGUGAGCGCGGCCAUGUCGAGGGAGGUCGACGACUGGUGCGCCGACGAGCUGACGGCGCUGCGGAUCGACACGUUCCAGCGAGUCAUGAUAGCGAUGAAGGCGAGAGGGUUCAAGGGCAUCGCCAUGGGAACACUGAUCAUGCUCUACGCCCAGAAGUCUCUGCGACGGCUGGACAUGCAGGGGAGGGACGGGAAGAAGAUGGGCGCGAGGCAGGAGCACGAGAAGCGGGUGGUUCUCGAGACGAUCGUGAGCCUGCUGCCGAGGGAGAACAACACCAUGUCGGUGAGCUUCCUGUCGAUGCUGCUCCGCGCGGCGAUCCACCUCGACACAACGCUGGCGUGCCGGCUCGACCUCGAGAAGCGUAUGGCGGCGCAGCUCGGCCAGGCAGUGAUCGACGACCUCCUCAUCCCGUCCUCCUCGCCCGACGCCGGCACCACCGCGUACGACAUCGACGCCGUGCAGAGGAUCCUGACCGGCUACCUCGACCAAGAGAGCGAGACGGCGCCACGGCUGGACUACAACACGGACGACGACUUCAGCUCGGCGGCGUCGCCGCCGCACAGCGACGUCGCCCAGGUCGGCCGGCUCAUGGAGAGCUACCUCGCCGAGAUUGCCUCCGACGAGAACCUGUCCAUUGACAAGUUCACCGCCCUCGCCGAGCUCAUCCCGGAGCGCGCCAGGUUUAACGAGGAUGGCAUGUACCGCGCCAUCGACAUCUACUUGAAGGCGCAUCCGAAUUUGAUUGAGAGCGAAAGGAAGAAGGUGUGCAGGGCGAUGGACUGCCAGAAGCUGUCGCGGGAGGCGUGCGCGCACGCGGCGCAGAACGACCGCCUGCCGAUGCAGACGGUGGUGCAGGUGCUGUACCACGAGCAGCGGCGCCUCCGUGCGCCGUCGCAGCCGCCGAGCGCCGCGCCGUCGUACGCCGGGGGCGAGUCGCCGGCGCUGUCGUACAGGCCGACGCCGAGCUUCACCGGCCGGCACCGGCCGAGCGUGCCGGACGAGGUGUCCCGGCUGCAGCGCGAGAACGACGAGCUGAGGAUGGAGCUGCUCCGAAUGAAGAUGCGCCUGAGAGACCCGUCAGCGUCGUUCGGGCCAGGAGGAGGACUCCCGCCGUCCGGCAGGCCACCGCUGCCGAAGAAGCCGGGCGCCGGCGGCAGCAGCGGGUUCAUGAACAGCAUGUCCAAGAAGCUCGGGCGGCUCAACCCGUUCUUGCGAUCGGACCUGCUGGGUGGCGGCAGGGUUCGGACGAAGCCGCCCAAGGAUCGGAGGCACUCCAUUUCUUGACCAGCCAACGCUUGAUCAAGUGAUCAUAUUCAUGGCUGGUGUCUCCAUUGUGGUUGCUUUGUGAAUUUUCAUGAUCACUAAUUAGCAACAUUUUCAUGAACAUAAAUAAAUAAGCAUGGUAAUAUGGAGGCAGCAUUACUCCAAGUAGUGUAGUAUUUCAGCAUGUAGCAUUGUAGCUGUAUCGUUUGUGCUGCAAUUUGCCUCUACAAACUAUGUCAGAGAUCCCUACAGAGAAGCAUCACUGUAUAUAGUUUUGAAGUCUCAUCAGUGUCAAGUUUUGUUACGGAUUAGCAACUGGUAUGAUGGAAGUCGUUCUCAGCCACUGAAGUAUAAACGGUAAUUUUUCAAGAUGUCUUCUUUUCAUUUCAAGAAGAUGAGAUGUCCCAACCAGUGAAGUGCUAGCUUGUCCGGGUAACGACGCGAAUGAAAUCGCGGCAUUAUCAUGUCUCUCCCCGGACGAUAACGAUGAUGUUUUCAUGGCCAGGAAUGCAUCUCAUCUCUCCCAGCUACUUACAAGUGAUAACUGACAUCUAGAACAUGACCUGACCAGGACUUUGGGCAUUUCGU